ACAAAUCUGUGGAUAUGGCUGGCGGAAAAAGCAGGCAAGGAUUCUGGAAAAGCCAAAGCAAAGGCCGUUUCGCGUUCAGCUAGGGCUGGAUUGCAGUUCCCUGUGGGCAGAAUUCAUCGGCAUCUCAAGAAUCGCACCACAAGCCAUGGACGCGUGGGGGCCACAGCGGCCGUCUACUCAGCUGCCAUCCUUGAAUAUCUCACCGCUGAAGUACUGGAGUUGGCUGGUAAUGCAUCAAAAGAUCUUAAAGUGAAGCGUAUAACUCCCCGUCACUUGCAGCUGGCCAUCCGUGGAGAUGAGGAAUUAGACAGCCUUAUUAAGGCCACUGAUUAA